AUGGUGCAGCUGGGGGCUAACCUGGCAGAUAAAGGUGACAAUGAACAAGGUUUGGAUGAGGACAAGGUGCCCUUGAUAACACCUCUUGAUGUUGACCAAUUGGAGCAACCAUUUCCUGAAAAGUUGAUUGUAAAAACUCGGACAGAAUAUCAGCUGCAGCAGAAAAAAAAGAGGAAGAUUCAUGUGCCAGGGAUUAAACGACUAAACAUAAACCUGUAUGAUGAGGUCUCUGAAAAGGUCAAGCUGACUGGCCUUAUCCUGAUCACCAUGGUUUUUCUGGCUUGUCUUCUGAUGCUGGUGAUGUACAAGGCUCUGUGGUAUGAACAGCUCACUUGUCCUGAAGGUUUCAUUUUCAAGCACAAGCAUUGCUCUCCUACAGACCUGGAAAUGUAUUAUUCCCAGCAAGAAGCAGGACCACAUGGCACCCUUUACACAGCAAUCACACAGGCCAAGAAGACUCUUCCAGAACUGCCUUCUCCCUGGCUGCCGGUCAUCAAUGCCCUCAAGGAGGCAGAAAAAGCCAAAAGAGAGAUGGGGGCAGCACAGCAAUGA